UCACCAAAAACAACAACAACAAAAAAAAACCACACAGCUAAAGUAGUAAAGAACAAACUUGGAUGUGCACCAUUAAUUUUGUACAUCACAACACAAACUAGAGCCAGAGCUCCCAGCCAACAUGAGAUUAUCUCUGCACAUCAUCAUCUGCUGCUGUGUUUUCACCACAGUCCUGCCAUUGGUAAAAGGGGCCACAGGAGAGACCAACGCCAGCCUGAGAAAAAGGUCUAGAGUAUGGCUGCAGAGCCAUAUGAAGAGAGACUUGCGCAGUCGCUUAGUGACAGGCGAUGACCAACAUUUUGGUGGACUGCAGCAGGACAGGCUUGCCAAAACUCUACCAACCCCAUCAAGCUUUGGCCCAAAUAUAAGGUCCAGGAGGUCAACGUCAAGUCAGUCUGGUUGCCUCCUAAUCACAUGUAUAUACCACGACUUGUUCUACCGAUUGAGCCUGACAAAGAAGAACGCUCAAACAGACACCACUGCUCCUAAAUCAAAGAUGGGACCGGGUGGCUUUGGACGUCGACGCCGCUCACUUCUGGAUGCCACUCAGCUCAUCCUCGAGACAGGAACGCAUAGAUGGAGCACGGAAACUGGUCAGCGAGUCAGCAACCCCAAAAGCACCCACACGGUGGCCUAGGGCAGGCAUGAGAAAGCAAAGGAGAGUCCCUGUUGGGGUUAUGUGAGCACUGCAGAUGAAGAUUAGUCCACGCAGAACUUUUAUUCCACAGAUUCGGCGCUAGAUAUAGCGAAAGACUGGCUGCUACAUCUGCACAGCCCAUCGGAGGAAGCUCAAACCACUCUGGAUGAAAGGAAGAUUGAAAUAAAUCAAACUGAGACGUUUGUGUGCACAUGCUUAGGUUCAGGUUUCAGUGUCUCUGAACAAGUGUUUGAUUUAUUGAUGAAUUCAAGCCAGACCUAUGGGACUUGACAAGAAUGUCUGUCUCUUCUUCAGCAUCCAAAGCGAGCUUGGCAGCUGAGACAGAAGACAAUUCAUGUGGAUCUUCUCCGAAACACAAAGCUUGGAGGAACACAUUCUGCAACAAGGGAGCCUUUUUAUUUUACUUUUUCUUCAAGGAAUCAGCAUUACUGGGCCCCAAACUAUCAAAUGCAGAAUCCUCACAAAACUGAACUGAAUGUAUCGAAUUGCUUGUUAGCUACAAUUUUUAUAUAUAGAUAAACAUAUAAAAUAUGUACCUUAUAUGUUAAAAUAUGAAAGACUACCUUAUAAUGUAUGCAACUAUAAUUUCCAACAACAAAACUACAUAUUAAACAUCUUUAGUUUAACUUCAGUGAAGUAUCUGAUGUAUCUGAAAUGUGUCAAUUUUUUUGUUUUGCUUUUUUAUUUCUAUGUAUGUAUCUAAACAAUGAGUUGUACCAUUUGCCUUCACUUGAUUACACCUUUUUGGAACUUACUCAUAUUUAACAUGUCUUAUGCAUAUUUAUCUGCACCUGAAGCAAAGCAGGCCUUUUAGUUUGGGGCUGAGCUUUCACUUAAAGGGAAGGAGAAGGAUUGAUGAGCUGAUGAAAGUGCUGUGCUGCCAUCUAGCUUUGCAGCAGGCUUAUGUGUAACAAAUGCAGGCCAAGCCAUUUCAAAGCAUCUACUUUGGUGUGUUAAAUGUUAGGUUUAUCGCCUCCUAUAUUUGAAUGUUAUAAAUCAUAAUCAUUUGCUCACAAUUCAGCUGAAAUUACUUGAAAAGGUAUUACUGAACCAGAUUAAUGUCUUGCUUCGAAUACCAGGAACUGUAAUAAUUUUCAGUAAUAAAUGAACAAAUAAAACAAUAAAAUAAAC